AUGGAACCAAAGAUAUUAGAAAACAAAGUAUCCAUAAAUGGAGAAAAAAGAAAUAAGAUUCACAAUAGUAAGGAAAUCACACGUUCUACUAUCAAAAAGCAUAAUCAAAAUAAUUCUGAUAUUUUUGGAGAAGGGCAGUCAACCGCAUAUAUUAAUAAAAGAAAAAUAGAUUCUGCAAAUACGCGCGAUUUCUUUGGAGUACCAAAAAUAAAAACAGACUUGAAACUUACAAAAAAUCUUAGAACAGAUAUUCACAAACCUUUAAAAUAUUAUUCAACACCAAAUCCUGCCAGAAAAAAAGAAAAUAAUGAAAAAAUACCCGUUUCUUCUUACGAAGAAUAUCCAUCAGAAGUUCUCCAAAAAACUACAAACUUUGAAACUCAUGGUUGUGAUACCUUUAGUUUGGCCACGGGAAUCGAUUCAGAAACCCGCGAUGACUUAUCGAGUACUAUUGAGCACAUUGAUGAAAAUUUUCCUGCUGACGAUGAUACCGAUUGGUCCAUAAUUCAAAGCUCACAAGACAAUACUGAUGCUUGGAAAUCCUCUAAAACAUCGAAUAACACAGAAUUUUGGCGGUCUAAUACUUACGAUAAGAAAGAGACGCAACACUUAAAAUGUCCUGACAAAUGCAGCUACCAUGAUUACUAUUAUCACUACUGUUGGAGAAAAGAAGUUGUGAAAAGGGACUUUUCUGAACAAAGUCUAUGGGAUUGUCAGUCGACAAAGUCAACCAGAAGUAACAAAUCUGGUAUGAAGCACGCUAACAUCGGUCCAUCGAUGUUCACUUUUCCCCAAAACACAUCAAUGAUGACCAGCAGAAACAGUAAGCGGGUUACACAAUCCAAGGCAAUAUCCUGCGCGCACUGUGCCAUCGUCGAUGAAACCAAAUCUAAGGAAGUUAAAAAUAUCAGCUAUCAAGCUCUCAAGGAACGAGACAGUUACUUAAAAGAAGGAAAUCUUAAUAAAAGUAUAUCAAAAAGCUCCUUAGCGAUCCCAGUUUAUGUUCAAGAGAAUUAUACAGAAGUUACUCCAUUGGUUGUUGAAAAUAAAGUGACAAGUACUUUGAUACAUAAUAUAGAUAAGCCGAUGACGAUCACUUGUAACAAUGCAGAAACGGAAACGGUGCCUCCUGACAAAAACUCACUCAAUUCAGUUAAAGUAAUGACAUCUGCAGAAAUCCAUAAAGAAUUUUACAAUAAAGAAAUUCAAGUGUUGCCAGCGCAUUUAUUGACAAAAAUGUCCAUAGGAAUGUCUGUUCCAUAUCAAUUAAUAUCGGAUGUUAAAUCAAGUGUAGUUACCGGUACUAAAGUGACUUCAGUUUCGUCCGACAAUAUUCAACCGUCAAGCAUUCAAGCGUCAACUUUAACAAGAAUAUCAAAAGUUGCUACAGCUAAUACAGGAAUAUCCGCUAUUGAUUUAUUAGAGCGCAGUUCAGUUAAUGGUGGAUCUCACAUAACUCAAUGUAGUUGUAAUACAGGUUCUUGUCCAGACUGUCACUCCACCUGUGUAAAUGCAGUCACUGAACUAAAUUCAAAGUCCACUGAAACGUCCCAAAAUUUUGAUGCCCAAGAAAACAGCAACAAGCAAAUCAAAACUGACUGCUUUGUACAGUACAGUAAUUUUAGCAAAGAUAGUACAAAACAUUUGGCUCGUAUUGGACGGAGUCGACUUCUAUCAGUGCGAACGUUUAUGAACUCUGAAGUAGGAACACAAAAAUCUGCGUGCUUUACCAAUAGUAAAGGUACAAACGAUGUAAAACAAAUGUCUCAAAAUUUUAUGAAGCCAAAUGAGCUACUCGCGAAUGAACCGAAUUUUGUUAUUUCAAGCAAUCUGAACGCGGCUAAGUGGAUUAAAGGUUAUGUGAAGGAAGACGAGAAAGAUAUUCAGUCCAUAAUAGAUAUAAGUGAAACAACCGUCAAUGAGUCUUUGGAAAGAGCCUCCCUUGCUAUAAUGCACUCGAAACAUGAAACACGGGAAGAAAUCAAAAAAAAAUCAACAAUAAAAGCAAAUCAACAGCCUGCCGUUAAUUGUGUAACUGAAAAGCUCUUAGGCGUUAUGCCGUCCACUAGUGUUACGGAGAUUCAUCUUAUAAAAGAUCACAAAGAAAUAUUAUGUACGACAUCCGCACUGGCUCAAGAUGUUAGAUCAAAUUUUGAUACAAUUACUUCUAAUGGAAAAGAGUUUAAGGUUUCAAAAGAAAACAUCACGUCAGAUGGCCCUACAAAAGACUACUCUCAACUGUAUGAAAAAUCAGUUAUAAGUAAUAAACCUGAAAUACUCAUGGCGGAUAAAAUAACCUCAGGAGUCAAUUACACUGAAGAACGUGAAUAUAAAUCGAAUUUUGCCUUAACUUCUCGUCAUAUACUACCUAGUAUAAUACCGUGUGGUGAAUUAUGUUCAUUCAAAAAUACAGAAAAGGGGGACGAGAGGAGAGGGGCGAGAGGGGAUGAGAAAAGAGGAGAGGGGAAGACAGGCGAAAUAGACAAGCGCAGCAGAAAGGCGGAGAUUUGC